AACCAAACGACCGUUUCCGUAGCAACCGGGACGCCCGUUUUUUCCGUGGAUGCAGAGAAGCGGACGGGACUGCGGAGAGAUGCAGCGUUUGGACGCAGACGGCACCGGAGCGCGGCAGGCCGCCAGCUUCAAGGCUUUUCUGCAGAAGAGCAGCUCGAGGAGCGACCGGAACCUCUAUGACCACCUGGUCCUCCUGCUGGCGAAGAUCAUGGAUGAACGUCCGGAUGACGCGGUGGAUGUCUUGGAGGAUAUGAGUUUGGAACUGAAGCGAGCCUCGUUCAAAGACACGCAGAGGUCACUGCGGGACCAUGUGACGCCCUCUGUUGGAGAGCGGCUGGCAGAGCAGCAGCUCCUGCUCUUCAAACAUGCACAGGACUUCAACCAUGAAGACCCAACUGUGGAAACAGGUUUCCCCAACGUCAACGAGAGUGCCUUCUACCUAGAGCAGGCUGGAGUGGGCCUGGGCCGAGAGGAGAUGCAAAGGAUCCUACUGGCUCUAAAGCUCUUAGUUGAGUCGCAUGGACUUCCACAAUGCCGCUUGUGGGGUAAGAUUCUGGGAACAGAGAGCAGCUACAUUAUUGCUGAGGCAGAAUACACGGAGGGAGACGAAGAACAAAGUACUGAUGAAGACCUCCAGGAAGAGGAGGAGGAGGAGUCUGGCACCCAAGAAAAUGAGACAGAUCCUGUGCCGCGGUCCACCUAUCUACACCCACCCAUGGUGCCAAAGGAGGCGCUAGGAACAGGAGCCAACAGGUUCUUUUACUUUGUGUGCAACGAGCCAGGUCUUCCCUGGGUGAAGCUGCCCUCUGUCAGCCCCGCCCAGAUCACUGCAGCCCGCCAUAUUUGCAAGGGCUUCACAGGUCGGCUGGACAGUCCAGUCCUGAGCUACCCGCCAUUCCCAGGAAAAGAGGCCAACUACCUGAGAGCACAGAUCGCUCGGAUCUCUGCUGGCACACAGGUCAGCCCAUCUGGGUUCUACCAGACUGUGGAAGAGGAGGGCGAGGAAGAGGAAGAGAUGGCCCAUGACCAAUGCCUAGUGAACCCCGAGUUUGAGGGCGUGUCUUCACUUGAAAUGGCUCAGUCGCUGUCCAGCUGGGUGCAUCACAUCCAACACAUCCUGAAGCAGGGCCGCUGUACCUGGGUGAACACAGCCAUGAAGGUGGAGGAAGACUCAAUUGAAGAAGAAGAGGCUGCUGAGAAAGACGAGCAGGCUGAUGAACCCGAACCAGAAUAUGGACCUCCUCUGCUCACUAAUCUAUCCCAGGAUGCAGAGAUGUUCCACACCCCCCCAUGGAGCUUGAGGCUGUCCUCCACCAUCACCCCCCAGCACGCCGUGGCAGUGCUGAGAUCCAACCUCUGGCCUGGGGCAUUUGCAUAUUCCAAUGGAAAGAGGUUUGAGAACAUUUAUGUGGGCUGGGGUCUGAAGUACACCGGCCAGGGCUACAGCCCCUGUGUGCCCCCACCCCCACAGAAGGAGUACCCCAGUGGACCAGAGGUCACAGAGAUGUUGGAUCCAUCAGUGGAGGAGGAGGAAGAGAUGAGAAUGGCUUUGGAGGAGCAGCAGGAGGUCCAGCAAGAGUUGGAGGAAGAUGAGGAAGAUGAAAAUUAAAACAAUGUUACUUUUCUGAUGUGUUUAAAGGAAUUAUAGUAAGGAAAAAUUAAAAAAAAGCUUUCUUUGUUGGCUA